GAAAAAUAUAUUAUUGUGUUCCAUUAAUAUCAUUUUGUGUAUAGAAAAUAUCUAUAAUAUUUUCUAAAUAUUAUUAGAAAUAUUUUCUAUAGAAAUAUACAAGAUUAUUAUUAUCCCAAUUUUAAUCUUUAUAUUUUAUACUACUAUAAUCUUUACUAGCAUAAAGAUUGUGGUAGACUCCGGCGUUGUUCGUGUGUCAAAGUUGGAGACCGGACGCUUGAACGGUUACGUUUGCACUUUCAACGCUCUUCCUACGACUUCUUCGUUUUACCGCUUACGGAGAAAGGAACUACCACUAUAAUUGAAGAGUCUUUGCAAAAUCAGAAAAGAAAAUGGGCUUCAGCAAUUUGGGACGAGUAUAAUGUGUUUGAUGGAGAUCAAUUUCCAGAUGGUCAAGAUAGAGCUCUUUGCAAUUGAUCCUACUACCAAUGUGAAUUCAAAUUUAAGGAAUACCUCCGCAGACCUAGAGGCUUUUUUAGCAUUUGAUGGGGUGACAACUUUUAAGUUUAAAUCCCAAUUGGAUGUGUAUUUGGAAGAACUCAAGAUAGCCAAUGCUCCUAUGUUUCAACCGCCUCCACCACCACCGCCUUGUGUGGUAACAUAUAAAACACUAAGGGAUAACGGUGCGGAAAUAUUCCUUGGGGAUCGCAUCGCUGAACCCCAAAAUGCGUGGGAUUGGAUCGAGCAGAUCGCUCGAGUGUUGGAAGAUCUUGAUGUACCUAUCGGCAACUAUCCUAGACUGGCUUCUCAGCUGCUCCACAAGGAAGCCUAUGAAUGGUGGAAGAGAACCGAUGAAAGAGCAGACACCCCAAAGCCGUGGACUUGGGCACAUUUUGAAUGGGCAUUCAAGCAAGAAUAUAUUCCGAAACGUUUUAGCAAAGAAAGACGUGAAUUAGUUGCUGCCCAGGAGAAACUAAAGAUGGAAGUUGAGCUUAUGAUGAAACAAAUCAAGGAGCUCACUAAUUCAGUGGAGAUUCCCACGUUUGAAGGAAGAAACGACCCGGAGAAGUUCUCAAAGUGGUUAGCAAAAGUUGAAGAUGUCUUUACACUCAAAGACAUGCCCAAAGACAAGAAGGUCAAGCUAGUGGUGGCAAAGUUUCAAAGACAUGCCUCUACUUGGUGGGCUAGCGUUGCUUCAAAACGAAAGCUCCAAGGAAAAGCGAAGGUUCCAAGUAAGGAAGGAAUACAGGAAACAUUCGAGUUUUAUUAUAAGACUCGUGAAAGGCUUGAGAAGAGAAGAAACCAAAACAGCCCCAUUCAUCUUCCAACAUCCACCCAACAUGGUCCCUACUAUGUUCCCUAGUACAACCCACUAAACAACCAUAAAAGUCCAGGAGAAACAUGGUACUUUCUUAACCCUUUAACCACCAAAUAAAUCCUCAUAUAUGCAGACAAAGUACCACACAUUAUCCUUUCCCAUUGUCCCCCUAGUUGGCUGAAUACAUCCCCCAAAAUCAGCCCAAAAGAAGGCCAUUCAUUCCCCCUGGUUUGCUUUUCAUUGGAGGCCCUACAACCACACCCAUCCCUGAUUUUAUUCCAAUAAAAGGACCUCAAAACA